CCCACCGGAGCUUCGGCUUAAAAGGAAACCAACUAGUCUGCCUGCUGGAGUUGACGCAGAGGGAAGAAGAUGGCGUCCACGAGCCGCUUGGAUGUUCUGCCUAGAGUGACAUGUCCAAACCACCCAGAUUCCAUUUUAGUAGAAGAUUAUAGAGCUGGAGACAUGAUUUGUCCAGAAUGUGGACUUGUCGUAGGUGACAGAGUAAUAGAUGUAGGGUCAGAAUGGCGAACAUUCAGCAAUGACAAAGCAACUAAAGACCCAUCUCGAGUUGGAGAUACCCAGAAUCCUCUCCUUAGUGAUGGAGAUUUGACUACAAUGAUUGGCAAGGGCACUGGUGCAGCUAGUUUUGAUGAAUUUGGGAAUUCAAAGUAUCAAAACCGUCGCACUAUGAGUAGCUUUGACCGUGCAAUGAUGAAUGCCUUUAAGGAAAUCGCUAGCAUGGCUGACAGAAUCAACCUUCCCCGAAAUAUAGUUGAUCGAACAAAUAAUUUAUUUAAGCAAGUGUAUGAGCAGAAGAGCCUGAAGGGAAGAAGUAACGAUGCCAUUGCGUCUGCUUGUCUCUACAUUGCUUGCAGACAGGAGGGUGUUCCUAGAACAUUUAAAGAAAUAUGUGCUGUGUCCAGAAUUUCCAAAAAAGAAAUAGGUCGGUGUUUCAAACUCAUCUUGAAAGCUUUAGAAACAAGUGUGGAUUUGAUCACUACUGGAGAUUUUAUGUCCAGAUUUUGUUCAAACUUGGGUCUUCCUAAGCAAGUCCAGAUGGCAGCAACGCACAUUGCGCGUAAAGCUGUGGAAUUAGAUUUAGUUCCUGGGAGGAGCCCUAUCUCAGUUGCAGCUGCAGCUAUUUAUAUGGCUUCGCAAGCCUCAGCUGAAAAGAGGACACAAAAAGAAAUUGGAGACAUUGCUGGUGUAGCUGAUGUUACAAUAAGGCAGUCAUAUAGGCUGAUUUAUCCACGUGCUCCAGACCUUUUCCCAGCAGAUUUCAGAUUUGACACUCCUGUGGACAAACUGCCCCAGCUGUGAAACUUCAAAGGCUACUUCUAGAUCCUCAAAAAUAAUUUUUGACUUACAAAAGCAGUAAGCAUAUAAAAGCUGUACUGCCAAGCCUUCAGUUGCAGGACUGGUUAAAGGAUAUGGAAAAGCCUAUUGGAUGAAUCGGAGCACACAUUCCAGAUAUAAACAAAAUAAUUUUGUGGCAUUUUUAUGUAUAUAUUAGUGAAUUUAAGUAUUUAACAACCAUUGCAGCAAACUUAAUUUUCUAUUCUGUGUAUUUAGAUUUCUUUCAUAGAGAUCUAGUGAAAUGUAUUUUGGAAAAUUCAAAUCAGAAUAAACUGUUUUCGAAAAACAGUACUGACCUAUAAGUUUUGCUGUAUGUGACUUUGUUCUAAAUAAAUAUCCAAGUGGAAAAUGUAA